AUGGGCAUAGCGAAAGCCAUGAGGCGGUUUCUGGGCCAGUUCUUCAAACUUCCAAGGCCAGUGAGUCGAGGACAUUGAGGACGUUUCUUUAAGUCCUUGAUUUUCCAUGUCCGCGGGUGCACAUGAGAGGUUUUAUAAAAAUCCUAUUGGGCUCAGGGUUUUCCCUCCAUUUGUUCUCGGCCGUUGCAGGUCCGCUCGAUGAAUACGGUAUUGCUUUUUGCGUAGGCUCAAUCAGAUAACUUAGUUCGUUUAAUACGUACGGAAUCAAGAAGUGGAAAACUAUGGCUUACUCCUGCUAGUUUCUACGCGUCAAGAACUGAAUUGGCUACGCAAUUAGACAGCUUUUCAAUGUUCAUGCUCAAUUUUUGAAAAUGAUGAUAACAUUUUUAAUAAUAAUAUUCCUCAACCAUGAUCCCCCCUCUCCCCCCCUGCUCACCUUGACUACGAGAGAGUGCAAUCUAGCAUAUUGUGGGGUUUAACUCUCUCUCUCUCUCUCUCUCUCUCUCUCUCUCUCUCUCUCUCUCUCUCUCUCUCUCUCUCUCUCUCUCUCUCUACGCCGAUCCCUUGACUUCCUUCCCGUUAGACACUUUAAAUACUUCAUGAAGCAGACAUCAGGAAGGCUUCCUCCAAAUCCAGAUUCCCUUACGGAAGGGCAUAUACAGAUGCUGCUGUCCAUCCCAGAGUCAGCUCUUCCCGUGUUACGCAGAGGGCAGACACAUGGCUUGGAACCCGAAGCCAACGUCAUUACUAUACAAUGAUAGAGUCAACGACGUAUUUGUGACACGAUCUGGCCCCUGAUUACUAAACCCAGCUGAUUCCUACUCAUUAUAAUUUCACGCUCAGCGCUCAACCAGAUUGGAGCCGAGGAACAGGCACAUGACUGAGGAACAAAAAGGUGGAUUGGAUAACCUAUUAACAGUCCCAACAUAAUUUUAUUUCCAUGUAUCAGGUUGAUCCCCGCUAUCAUCAAGUGGGCCUGUCGUUCCGACCGCACCAACGCCGCAAUUAAAUUACGAAAAUUAAGCUUCAAGAACUUCGAAAUAAUAUUGCAAAUUAAAAUCUACGGUUGUGUUUAUUUAACCACAACUUUACUAUUUUAAUCAAAUAUACAGAUUUUAGAUUUUAUUUGUUAACAAGGUUUAUCUGCCACAAAAUUUGCUGAUAGUAUUUCCUUUUGUACCUCAUAGUCUGCAACGAAGUUAUUAUUGGACUCUUCCCUCCGAAUGAAGUCUCAAGUUGAUCAUGACACAAAGGCUAAAGUUUCUCAAAGUCUUUUUUUUUCCACUUCAAAUGAAAACUGAUUGCAGGUCAGCAUUCAUCUUUAUAACUACUUACAGCAUCAAUCUUCCUAUUCUGAGGAUAAUUUCACAGUAAGUGUGGCAAUUAAAUAGUAUCGUCAGAUGAACAGUUAUUAAGUUAUUAUACAUCUACAGUCAUUUAAUUUGAGAGUAUCCUAGUCGACCUACAUUUGUAUCAUCAUUCUUACAAAAGAAAUAAGACCGUCCGAAUGAACACUUCCUUUGUAAUUUCAUAGAUUUGACACAAAACUCAUAAAUUCCAAGCUUAUUUUUUCUAGUCUUGAUCCUCACAGCUAGUUUCAUUUAUCAUUUGCACGAUUUAAAGAUGGAAGUGAGAGACAUAGUGAGCAUGGUUGUUGUCUCUUGUCUAGUGCCAGCGCAUGCGUGAACAUUUUCAUUAGAGUAAACCUAGACGGGGGGCUCUAGGGAAAGCACAGAAAUGUUGUCUUUGACUUUGGUCCACACAAAAUUCUGGCCACAUCUCCCUAUUUAAGGGAGCAAGAAAGAGAAGGAAAAAGAGAUAUCGUCGUAUAGUGUGGGCAAUCACAUUAUAAGAAGACUAACCUCCAAGCUUCUAAUCAGCCCUAUUGAAGUCCAAAUCCCGUCUAGGGAUGCGUUGGGUGUGUUUUCUUUAUACGCUAGACCAUGUGCACGUAUUGGGCGAAGGGGAGAACCUAAGACCAUCACAUGAUAAGGAGAAAUGAAUAAUAUUUAAAUUGUUGAGGCACUUUAUUGAUGUCAGCAAUCCAUCCUUGCAUGGUGACCUUUCCAUGGAGGUUUAAUGUCUUGCAAGCAGCUUAUUGAAUGCUCGAGUAUGUGAAGAAUACAGUUCGGCAAGUCUUUUAUUCGUCCUUCCUUCGUAGGGCUGAAAGCUUUUAUAGAUUCUGCUCUGUCCGCUUACCGGCACACCGAAAGAUUUGUCAGCGGUUUAUGUGCUUUUAAUGAUGAUUCUCUAGUGUAUGGGAAGUCCAAGAAAGAACACAUGGUGUCAAGACCUUAGGCACAUGGUGAAGAUUGAACUAAUUGUCCAGUGCAACUGGCGCGAUAUUGCCGUCACGUCCUCUUUCCGUGUGCAACUGGCACAUUAAAUAUCCAUACCAAACUUUUUUUCUCUUAUAUAGUCGAGCUGCCCUGCAUAUACCAGCAGAUCCAUUGUUUCACAAAAGAACUAAGGGCAUAGAGAUAUGACUGUCAUCUGGCGCGAGAGAAGAAAUUCAAGCAGGACGAUUCAAGACGCUUUAUGUUUCAACACAAGGCCAUGUCUAGUGCAACGGACUCGCUAACCAAGGCAAUGUUUCCACCAUACUUUUGAAUAUCUGCUUAACAAGGCGGGACUUUGCACUGUUGGGGCUCUUCGUUAGAAUCAAUUGAAGUGUUGCACGUAAUUUUUUUUAUUUUGUUAAAAUUUGGUUUCGCUUGUUUCCAAUCCCACAUACAUCUUAUUUUGUCAAUCAUUUCCAAUCAAUGUGAGAGAAUCAAUUUUCGAGCCUCGCUUCUUUUUUCUAUUUUCUCUGAUAAAUGAUAGGGUAGGCGUCUAGGUUGCCUCAUAUAUCAUAGCCUUUAUCCCCCCAAUACUAGAAUAGGCAAUAUAUGAUCUGCUCCAUAUGCUUUACCUUGAAGUCCAAAUCUAUAAAACUCAGGUGUGGCCAGACUCUAACCCCAUUAACACCCUGAUUCACACUGAAUGAUCUUCCAACUUCUCCCGCUGUAGCCAAACCCCAAGCCAGCGGCCGGGCUGGGCGUCAUGGGCCUGUUUCUUGGAUGCUUCCUCCCCCCUUUCCUAGGCUGCCCAACCCUGGAAGGCCCCUAGAAUUGCGUCUUUUUGACGAAGUCCCAGCUGCAAGAUAACGUCCGAGCCAGAGAGAGGGAGAACCCAUGUCGUAGAGGAAGGGCCGGCCGGCAAUGGCGGUACCGGUGUCAAGGCUGUUUUAUCAGAUCGGCAGACAUUUGCCAACAGUGGAGCUUCCUCUCGCCGACCCCGGUUCCCGUCGGAAGGGCAGGGUUACUGAGCUCUGACGUGUACGACAUUGUAGUUGCAGCUCUGGACGAUGAUGCAGAACCCAGCGGAGCGGCUUGCAGUAGAUAAGACCAGGCCACUAGCUUUUUCUGUGGUGCCGAAGCCGGCAUUCAACAAUAACAAAGUUAAGACUAACAUGUUAGCAUAACUUAAUAGAGAGGCCUUAAAAAGGGCUGAAUGUGUAAAGGUUCUAAAUUAUAAAAAAAAAAUUGAUGUAUUUUUCUGUCGUGUGAAGCGUACUUUCUCCAAGCAACUCUAAAUAUAUUGGCCUGAUGAAAGGAUCAAUAUACCCUAUUGACCUUAUCUUUCUAGUUCACUCAGGACUUAACACUAAGGAGGUAGCAUAGUUAUGAUUUCUUUUUCGAAUCAAAUAUAAAACAUAUUAAUUGAAUGUUCAAACCUCAGUCAAACGCUCCACGUAAUGUUUUAGAAGUUAUACAAUGAUACUCACCAUGAUUUGUGUCUAGAUUACUAAUUUGAACGUCUCGCAUCAUUUUCCGAAAUUAAUGUAUUUCCAUAGCUUUUCAUUCAGCGUUGUUGUACUUGGAUUGGUUUGGUAGUCCUUGAAUUGUUUUAAAAAAUAAAAAUAAUAUCAAAUAUGGAUGAAUAGGAUCUAGUUAAAAAAAUUAAUUAGAAUUUAAGCUUUUAUAAUUCACUAGUUGUCAAAAAAAUAAUUUGUAUCAUAUCUCAUCAACAUCUUUGAUGCUUCUUCUAUACGGCUAUUUUUUUUUAUUUCUUGUGAAUUAUUAAAUUUAUUCAACUUUUAAACUUGAUUGAGGAACUAUAUUUCGUUUCUAAAAUGUUAUUGAAAAUAGUUAAGGUAUUAUUAAAAUCAGCAAAAGUUUGAGUUCAUUGGUCAUUGUUAGACAAUUCAAAAAACUGACCUCCGAAAUGCCAUGCUAAUUGAUCGUUGUGAUUUGGGUACCUGAAAUUUAUUCUUACUGUAAUUAAUUAAUUUAGUUUGAGAUUUGGACAGAUUCUAUACUAAAUUGUUUUUGAAAUCAAACAACAUAUUUUAUCCAGUAAGCUCAUAUAAAUCAAAUAAUUAA